UUGCUAAUCACAUUCAUGGUGAUGGGGUUUUCAUUGCAUCUGUUGCUUCUAUUUGUUCACUCGGUUAUAUGUUCUUCAGGGCAGACAUUCCCCUACAUGACUUCAGAUGUCCAAGAAGUCUCGGGUAGGUUCUUCGACUACAUUGUGGUUGGAGGAGGCACUGCCGGCUGCCCCUUAGCUGCAACCUUAUCUGAGAAAUUCUCAGUGCUGCUGGUGGAACGAGGUGGCUCGCCUUAUGGAGACCCCUUCAUCUUGGAGACAAAGCACUACGGGCACUCAUUGCUCCGAACUGAUGAGUAUACAUCAGUUGCACAAAGAUUUGUCUCUGAAGAUGGUGUCAGCAAUCUCAGAGGAAGAGUGCUAGGAGGAUCAUCUGCUCUCAACGGCGGGUUUUACAGCAGAGCAAGUGAAGAUUUUGUCGAAAAGGUUGGGUGGGAUCAUGAGGGAGUAAGGGAUGCUUAUGAAUGGGUGGAAUCUAGAAUCAUCUCUAAACCUGAUUUGACUCCAUGGUCGUAUGUAGCUGCUUUUAGCUUUCUUGAAGCUGGAAUUUUCCCUUAUAAUGGUUUCAGUUUGGAGCAUAUUCCGGGAACAAAGAUCGGUGGUAGCUUGUUCGAUGAACAAGGAAGAAGACGCCUCUCGUCUGAUCUUCUACAGGCAGGAAAUCCAAGCAAUAUCAUAGUACUCUUGAAUGCAACUGUAAAGAAUGUUAUUUUUGAUACAAAUUGUACCAGAUAUGAGAAGACAGCUCGAGGUAUAAAAUUCAUCAAGAGCGACGGCAGCUCAAACCAGACUUUUGAAGCUUACCUCAACCAGCCAGACAACUCAAGCUCAUGGGGUGAUGUGAUACUAGCAGCAGGAGCUCUAGGUAGCCCUCAGAUUUUGUUGCUAAGUGGCAUUGGCCCUCAAGAACACCUAAACAACUUUGGAAUCCCACUAGUACUUGACAUGGGAGUUGGAGAAGGAAUGCAAGAUAAUCCUGGUCUUGCAAUCUUAGCUGAUUCCAAGCCACAAAAUCGAACACCAGAACCUCCAAAAGUUGCUGGCAUCACAGAUGACCUCGAAAUCAUAAUCGAGGCAGGGAUUUUACCUAUUAGCCUCAACGCAACAGUGAUUCCCAUUGCUGCCAAAAUUGCCUUCCCAGAAUCAGUAGGAAAGCUCGAACUCAGAAGCACUGACCCAAGAGCAAACCCAUCAGUAACAUUCAAUUACCUAUCAAGCAAGAAAGACCAGGCACAAUGUGUGAAGAUGGGCCAGCUGCUUGAGCGAGUUGUAAGGUCUGAAUCAAUUGCUUUCUUCCUUGGUUCAAACGAACACCAAAACAAGCUGAUGUCCACCGAAGAAGAGCUCCAAAAACUCUGCAAGAAGAAUGUCAGAACCUUCUACCACUACCAUGGGGGUUGCACAAAGGGUUCAGUGGUCCACAUCAACUAUAGGGUUUAUGGUGUUAUGGGAUUGAGAGUGAUUGAUGGUUCAACCUUCCUGGAAUCACCAGGCACAAACCCAAUGGCUACUCUGCUGAUGCUUGGCAGAUACCAAGGGGUCAAAAUCCUUCAAGAUAGAAAAGAAGAUCUCGAACUCAAUUUAAAGAAAAAUCUGGAUUUUAAUUCCCUUUGUGUUUAG